AAAAGAAACCGCGGCUGUGGGAGACUCGACGCGUGUUGGCCGGGCGCAUAGAAUAAUAUUAUUAUUAUUUAUUAUAUUAUUACUCAAUGGCCGGGCGGGCGGCUUGCCGAUUGCCGAACCAGCUACGCCUUGUCGCGAUAUUCAAUACCGUUGUGGCGUAUCUAUUUUGAAAAUGCACUUCUCUGCUUAUCUCUCGUCACCGCCAUCCGUUGUUACUUGUUAGUCAUUACUCAUUAUUAAUUUAUGUCGAUAUUUCAAUUUUACUACUAUUCGUUCAUAACGUUUAUAUUGCUAUGGGAACUAAUACUUCGUUAGUUUGUGCUAUGUACACGUACUACAUUGCUUGUCGCUUGUAAUCAAGUACAGUAUUUAAAUAUUGGUAGGUAUAAAAUAAUAUAUUAUUAUUAUGACUGGUUACUUUCCAUGUCUAAGGUCAGAAUGAAACGAAAUAUUAAAAGCAUACUAAAGUAUUUAAUUUUCAUCGUGAUCACUGCACUUGUAACAACUGUGAUUUUUAAAUUGUCUACUCAAUUUAAUCGAUAUGAAAAUGAUGAAACUAUACACCAGAAGACGGAUUUUGACAAUAAACAGUUAUAUGCAAAUAAAAAUCAUAAUAAUAAAAUUGACUGGCAUGAUUGGGAAUUGACUAAUAUAGAGAAACAACGAACUGGUAUUGGUGAACAAGGAGUUAGCGCUUCACUCUCAUCACUCAAUCGGCAUAAAUAUGAUGAAUUGUAUAAAGUAAAUGGAUUUAACGCUUUGUUAAGUGACAGCAUAUCUGUUAAUCGCUCAAUACCAGAUAUACGGCACAAAUUGUGUCGUUUUAAAAAAUAUAAUAGUAAAUUACCUACGGUUAGUGUGGUUAUACCUUUUCAUAAUGAACAUUUCUCAACACUUCUCAGAACUGUGUAUAGUGUCUUAAACCGUUCUCCUAAAAUCUUACUUAAGGAAAUAAUUUUAGUGGAUGAUUCAAGUACAAAAGCUAGUUUAAAGAGACCAUUAGAUAAUUUUUUAUCAAACAACUUAGCUGAUACCGUUCAAGUCAUACACUUGAAAAAAAGACAAGGUUUAAUUAGAGCUCGUUUAGCUGGAGCUAGAAAAGCCACCAGUGAAAUUUUAAUAUUUUUAGAUUCGCAUACGGAAGCAAAUGUUAACUGGUUACCUCCCCUUUUAGAACCUAUUACUGAAGAUUAUCGAACAUGUGUGUGUCCAUUCAUUGAUGUCAUUGCUUUUGAAACCUUUGAAUAUCGAGCACAAGAUGAAGGUGCGAGAGGUGCAUUUGAUUGGGAAUUUUUUUACAAAAGAUUGCCACUUUUACCUGAAGAUCUAUUAUAUCCUACCAAACCAUUCCGGAGCCCUGUAAUGGCAGGUGGUUUAUUUGCUAUAUCAGCUAAAUGGUUUUGGGAACUCGGAGGUUAUGACCCUGGUCUAGAUAUAUGGGGUGGAGAACAAUAUGAAUUAUCAUUUAAAAUAUGGCAAUGUGGUGGCACUAUUUUAGAUGCACCUUGUUCAAGGGUAGGCCAUAUCUAUAGAAAGUUUGCACCGUUCCCAAAUCCUGGCAUUGGUGAUUUUGUUGGAAAGAAUUAUCGCCGUGUAGCAGAAGUAUGGAUGGAUGAGUAUGCUGAAUAUUUGUAUCUCCGUAGACCACAUUACAGGAAUAUUAAUACUGGAGAUAUAACUAAGCAGAAAAAAAUAAGGGAAAAUCUUAAAUGUAAACCAUUUAAAUGGUUCAUACACGAAGUAGCAUUUGAUUUAGUUGAAAAAUAUCCGCCUAUUGAACCACCAGAUGUAUUUAAAGGAAAGAUAAGAACGUUUACUGCUCCAGAGCUAUGUUUAGAUGCUACAUCAGAAAACCCGCUCAAUUUAAAAGAAUGUAUUGAUAAUGAUGAUGAAAAUCAAAAAUUUAUAUUGAGUUGGAGGAAUGAUAUUAAAACAAGAAAUAAUAUGUGUUUGGAUAUAAGUGACUCAUCUUUAAAAGCAAAAAUUAGCUUAUAUGGAUGCCAUAAUGGUGGAGGAAACCAACUGUGGCAUUAUGACCAUGGCAAAAUGAAACUUGUCCAGGGCAAAAAUCCUAGAUGCAUGGAACAUGACAUUAGUACUAGAAAAGUAUAUGUAACUAAAUGCAAACAAAACAAUGAUGAUCAAAAAUGGAUAAUAGAAAAUUAUAACUCCAAAUCAACUAACUGGUCAUUAACACAUUAAAGAAUAAAUAUUAUAUUAAGAUUUAGGUAACUAGUUAUUUGAACAAAUUAUUGACAUAUUAAAACUUAUAUAAUAAGUAUUAAUUAUACUUAAUACUUAAUACUUAUAAGUUAUUACUUAUUAUAAACUUAAGUGAUCAAAAAAAAAAAUGUAUAAUUUUUAGUUGUUUUAAACAAUGUAAAGUAAUCCAAUGUAAUAUCAGGAUGCUUCUAUGAUACAAAUUUAAUAUUAUAUAAACUUAAAAAUUAAUAACUUCAUUGAAAAAUUACUAUUUAGUACCAAUGCAAAAAGAAGCAAGUAAUAACAAAAAACACAACAAAAAAAUUUAAAUCAUAAAAAACUACAGAAAAAAUAAAUUAUAUCACAAAAUGCCUUAUUUAUAGACAUUAGUACAUUAUAAAUAUUUUAUAUAAAAUGUACAUUAAUAUUAUUAUUAACAAUCAUAGAAAGUACCUAUUUUUUUUUUAACUUUACGCUCAUUAUAUCUGAACCAUAAAUUACAUUGGCUUAGCUGCAAUAAAAAACAUUUAAUGACAUCCCUUAAACCAUAAUAAUGUCUAUGUAAAUUUAUAUCAUAUUAUAUAAAUUUUAAAUUGAAACUAAAUAAUUUAUCCAUAGGUACUACAAUAUCAUACAAACAUCAAUUAGUCUAUAAAGCAUUGAUACUUGUACCAUAAAUUGUUUGUUAUAAUCUUAACUUUUUGUCUGUGAUAUAAUUGUUUUAAAUUUUAAAUUUUAUUUUGUUACCAAUUUAUAUUCAUUAGUCUUAAAAAUAUAAUGAACUAUUAUAUUACAGUCUGAAAUUGUAUAAAGCAAUUUUAAAAUUAUUUAUUUAAACAUAUUUUUGAUUUGGCUGAUUGUAAAUUAAAUAUUAAAAUAAUAAAUAUACUACUUAAUUAUAUUAAUUGUAUAAUAAUUCAAUAGAAAUGUAAGAUGUAAGUAGGUAGGUACAGCAAAACCUAUUUAUAAUUUACUGACAUCUUUGAUUUAUAAUA